AUGGCAGUCGGACCUGCUACCUCACCAAUGUCUCCUACCUCCCCCACCUCCCAAACAGAAAAGACAAAAAAAUCUAGUCCUUUGACCGAUCUCAUCGAGAGCGAAAAGAUCUACGUGGAGUACUUGACUGGUAUAAUACGAAGGAUAGCCGCAGCAUGGUCACGAUCCAAUUUGCCACCACCCGAGCUCGACGCCAUGUUUCGCAGCAUUGAGAGUGUCUACAAGACAAAUCGCGCUCUCCUCGCGAAACUGAAAGAAAUUGGUGCUAAUCCGUCCUCACCCAAAGCUCUGGGUGACCUCUUGAUGCGAUGGAUCGAUGACCUUGACCGACCUUACACGACGUACUGUCAGAAAUUCUCUACUGGUUUCGAUCAAUGGGAGCCUGUCAAGUCAAAUGUGAAGCUUCCUGGCGUUAUCGAGGCAUUCUCUGCUGCUAGCCCUCCAUCAAUAGCUGCAAUUCAGUCCUCUCAGCUAGUAGACCCAUCGUUAUGGACCCUGGAUGCCUUAUUUCUGUUGCCCAAGGGUCGUCUUUUAUAUUACAGGAAACUAUACAAUAGACUGCUAAAGAGCACGACACCGGGCAGGAGCGAUCAUCGGCUAUUGACGGGUGCUCUUGAGAAGUUAGAUGAUCUAUUGGAGACUUUGGACGGAAGAUGUCAGGUUAAGGUUGGCCAUAGUCCUCCCGCUGCCUCCUCCGCAUUGCCGACUGUCACCCCUGACGAGAAGCCUGAGCCCAUCGCUUCUCCAGCGAUGUCUCCGGUGACACAAUUUGAUGCAACGCACGACCAGUUACUUUCAGGUCAAUUUGGAGGAGGAAAUGCAAGCGCAACCACGUCCGUUCGUGGAAGCGGUUCGUCAAACGGAGAACGAUUUUCCCAGGGGACAGGGAUGACAUCCAUUAGCCACAACCACAACUUCAAACCAGCCAUGCCUACAUCUAUCGCUAACCUGGAGAAACGCUUGGCGACAGAUAUGACACUCGACAUAUUUACCAUGGAGCCCAAGCUAGUUCGUCUACAAAUGUCUCCGCCAACGUUGCCUUAUGCCAGAGAACUUAAAUUGUCGGCCAAUGUCGUUGUCCAUUUUACUCCUCGUUCGACAGGCGUGAAUGUUGUUCACCAGCACGGCUUUGUCUUUAUUCUAUCAGAUCUGUUUUUGAUAUGCGAGGAGAUGUCCUUGGACGACAGGGUCGCAGCGGGUGUGGACGGUCCCGAUAUGCGGCUUUGCUACCCUCCACUUUCUGGAAAGGUCCUGAAGGUGACUGAGGUACCUGACCAAGAUAACGCGCUUCAGAUUUCCAUCAUGAGGAAAGAGACACUAAUCCUCGAGGCCAUCUCAACGCGAUCCCGGGACGAGAUCAUCAAGGAAUUCAAGGACUGUAUCGAUUUUGCAAGAACCAUAUCCGGAAUUGCUUCGGAACCAGUGCCCCCCUUGCCUAAAGGUCCCCCUGUAUCGCCAGUUGCUAAUUUUCCUCUUGCAAAUGAGGUAUUUUCUUCGCAUGAACAAGCCAACAACACUCAACAGGGCGUUCCACAAGAGCAAGCUCCUAGUUCUAGUGUGUUGAAUGGCAAAUCUGAGCCCUCCGAGCUCCCCUCUGCUCCUAACUUCUCGAGGCCUCGCAUCACAUCACAACAGAGUUUCGCGCCUCGCAAAACAAGUUUAGGACAAUUUGCUUCAGGGCAAGUAGUGGGGGGGAAUGGGAACAUCAGUUCUAGUGAAAGUGUUGGUAUGCCUCAGACGCAAAAUUUUCAAGGGGAUCAGAGGGCGCCGUCAUUGCAGGAUGCUCCUGCUUCUUCUGGUGUCCCUCACAAUAUGCGCAAGCCAUCUACCAGUCAAGGAGCUUCCACACAUUCGCCACCUUCCUCCUUCAGUCUGGGUCAGGUCAUGCCGCCAGCUCGGAGUGCCGGUUCUUUGCAUCCCUUCCCUGAUCAGGACCCCAGCAUGGGAGGCGUACCCCACAGGAUGUACUCUCCUCCUGCUGCUCAAGGAUACCCGCAACAACCACCCUUGCAUCAUCAAUCGUCAGUCAAAUCGUCACGUCACUCCUCGAUGCAGUCUCUUCACCAUCAACCAUCUCUCAAUCCUCAAUAUCCGUCAAUUCAUCAACAUCUUCGCCCCCCACAAAGCGCGCCUUCCCAAGUUCAAUCUAUGAAUUUUUCUCAACAACCUCAUCACCCUCAACCAUUUCCUUCUCGGUCUGCAGGUCCCGGAGGUCCUCCUCAUGGACUUCCUCCUCCUCGACCACCGUCUGAGCCGCAGGCGUCCUCCGGGAGACUCCAUAAGUCUGCAUCAUCGCGGUCUCUCCGCUCUCAGUAUGACUAUGCCCCAGGUCCGGGUCCAGCACCACCACUUCCCUCCUUACCUGGAGGGCUGCCAAUACCAUCACGACCUUAUGGCCAACGUACAAAUUCUAUUAGUUCUGUGGGCAGCGGCAACAACGCUUCAAUGAGACCUAUCCUACCAUCGCAGCAGAUCAGUUCCAGAGCAAACUCGUUCACCGAAUCAGUAUACCAUGAUCAUAGUCCUCCAACUUCACCGAUUGAAGAGCGAAAGCCUUUGGGUCCGGCCAAGCCCACGAUAACAGGAAUGAAGUGCAGGGUCUUCCAUCAGCAACAGCACGCACAAUGGAAGUCGUUGGGCUCUGCGCAACUGACUCUCUAUCAUCAGCAGCCCACUAAUGUCAAGCAACUCGUUGUCGAAGCGGGCUCAAAAGACAAGAAGAACAUUCUCAUCUCGACGAUAGUGCUUACGGAUGGCGUGGAACGAGUGGGGAAGACUGGUGUUGCCAUUGAACUCAGCGAUGCCAAAGGUGCACGGACAGGCAUCAUCUACAUGAUCCAGCUUCGGAACGAGCAAACUGCUCAAGAACUGUUUGAUAAAUUACUUGCAGGAUCGGACAGGUCGAAAUAA